AUGGAUCGACAGAGCCCCGGAGAGAAGCAGCCCGACGCUAACAAGACGGCGGCCGUCACCAUGGGAACGGGCGCCGCGUGCACGCAGGCGCCGCCCGCUUCCCUCAGCGCCGUCCCGCCCGACAGACAGGCGGUCCAGGUGAUCCAGCACUCCAUCCACAGGCCGCAGAGCAUGGCGGCGCAGUACCUGCACCAGAUGUACGCCGCCCAGCAGCAGCACCUCAUGCUGCGGACGGCGGCCCUGCAGCAGCACCAGCACCCGGCGCACCUGCAGAGCCUGGCCACCAUACAGCAGGCUUCGGUCUGCCAGAGGCAGACGCCCGCUUCCUCCAGUCUGGUCCAGCCGGCUGUGGUUGGCUCCCAAAGCUCGAUCGCUUUACCAGCGUCUCCGGUGACGGCUCAGCUCAUCAGUCGAACCCAAACGUCCACCGCUGCCUCCACCACCAUAUCCCAGCAGGCCAUGCUCCUGGGAAACAGACCGGCCAACUGUAACCAGGCUCAGAUGUAUCUCCGCACCCAGAUGCUGAUCCUCACUCCUGCAGCCACGGUAGCUGCAGUUCAGUCCAGCCUCCCCGCUGUGACGUCCUGCUCCUCCACACCGUCCCCCUCUCAGGUGCAGAAUCUGGCUCUGCACGCUCAUCUCCCAGGAGCCCUGGCGACGGCGCACGGUGUCAUCUUGAAGCCGUCCGCUCAGUCCCAAGCUCUGUCGCCAGGUGCCUCUUUGUCCAAGACCUCAGUCUGUGCUCUGAAGACCAACCAGUUGACGGACGCAUCGACCGACGCGGCCCCCCCGGACGCCCCCCGUCUGUCCUGCAGACCUCAGAUCAUCGGCCCCGCAGCGUACUCUCCCGUCCAGCCCCACGCCCUCGUCAAGCAGCAGUUGUCCUGUCCGGUCGGCCAGCAGGUGGCGCACCACCAGCUCAUUGUCCAGCAGGCCGCGGGGGGAGGAGGUUCCAACCCCAGCCACAGACAGCUCCACCCCAUCACCCUCCGAGUGGCCCCCCAGGACGGAGGCUCCAGCCCCCUUCCUCUGUCCGUCAAGAGACUGACGGGUUCCAGCAGUGACCCCCCGGCGUCCUCGGCUCACGCCGUUCAGCCUCAGCCCCCGCCCCUGGUGGCGGCUCCGCAGCGCCGGACGUCCUUCCCUCAGCUGCAGAACCACCCUCCCCCCCCGCCUCCCCCCCUGGUCCUCCCCAGGCUGCCCCACCACCCGCCGGCCGCCCUCCACCGGCUGUCCCUGCAGUCCGUCCAGGCCCUGGCCGUCCAGUCGGGGCAGGUGCUGCUGACGGAGCGCGAGCUGCCCGUGGCCGAGGCGCUGGUCCAGAUGCCCUACCAGAACCUGCCCCCCCCUCAGACGGUGGCCGUCGACCUGAAGGUGCAUCCGGUCAGACGUGGCGAGGCCGGCCGGCUUCAGGCGGAACACAAGUGCAAAGAGAACGGCCUGAGCUCAGAGGAGGGCAGAGGGUCUGCAGGCCCACAGAGGGAGCGGAGUCCCUCCAGCCUCACGGCCGCCGCCAAGCACAACGGCGCAGUGGCGUGUUCAUCCUUCCAUCGCUCCCAGUCGCCACAGGAGGAGUCGUCUCAGCUGACCCCCUCCAGCGCCGACCCCAGUAACCCUCCUCCUCCUCCUCCUCCUCCUCCUCCUCUCCCUCCUCCCAUCCUGCCGGUCGCGGUCCGCGGGCCCAGCCAGCCCCCGUCGGACCCCUCCAGCCUCCCGGGAAGCCCCGACAGGACCCUGAGCUCGCACGUCCUCACUCACCUGGUGGAGGGUUUCAUCAUCCGAGAGGGCCUGGAGCCCUUCCCGGUGGGUCCGUCCUCGCUGCUGGCCGACCAGCAGGCUUCGCUCCCCGAGUCCCAGGAGGGCCAGACCAACGGGGACGUGGCGGAGGACAGUCCUCUGGAUGCCGACCAGUCCGACUCCUCGGAGUCUGAGAUGGAAAACGAAGCCCCGGCGGCAGACGUUGCAGAUCUCGGGGAGAACGCCGGCGACGUGCUGCAGUGCGAGUACUGCGGAAACACCGGCUACUCCGACACGUUUCUGCGCUCCAGACGUUUCUGCUCCAUGACGUGUGGACGAAGGUACAGCGUGAGCUGCAGCAAGCGGGUGGCCGUGCAGCGCUCGGCGCGCUGGGCUCAGAGGCCCAUGGGCAGGAGAGGACGACCGCCGGGCAAAGUCAACGGAGCCUCCCGGGAGCAUUUCCUCAGACAGACUCGCCCCUCGUUCCACUCGGAGGAGAACCGGUCCACUUCCUCCCGGAGAGACCCGGAGGACGAGCAGGAGGCGGAGGAGCCGCCCGUUCCCAUGACGACCAGACUGCGGAGGCAGACGGAGAGAGAGCGCGAGAGGGAGCCGGAGCAGGACGUCCCGGAGACCAUCACGGUGUCCGACGGCGAGGACGGCGGCUGCCCGUCCGGCUGGGACGUGGAGCAGGUGUUCUCCUACAUCAGCGCCCUGCCAGGCGGUUCGGACGUGGCGGCGGAGUUCCGCUCGCAGGAGAUCGACGGCCAGGCGCUGCUGCUGCUCACCGAGGAGCACCUGGUCAGCACCAUGAACCUUAAACUGGGCCCGGCGCUCAAGCUCUGCGCGCACAUCAACGCUCUCAGAGACACAUGAGCGCACGCGCGCGCGCGCGCGUGCGCGCGCGUGUGUGUGUGUG